UAAAUUCAUGUUAUUCGUUGCUCACACCACACUUAUACAGUUAUACUGCAAGAUACACGAUCGGAACAUCAUUUUUACACAUUUGAAACGUUCGGCAAACUAUCAAUCCGAACCCGUCCGCUGAUUCAUUGUAACACGUGAAAGAUGAGUCUUGAGGAAAACGCGACCAAUAGUUGUGAUUCUCCGACUCACAUCCAAUUGCCAGAACAACAGUCGUCCAAAUUCAUCGGCAGGUUUAUCCGUUUGAAAACUACAUAUUGGAACAGAGAAUACGCAAUAGUUUUGCUUGGAAUCAUAGGUGUAAUUAUUACGUCACUUCAGUUCAGUACAUCUAUCAAAUAUUUUGAUUUUAUGAAUCAACCAAAUAAAACUGACAAUUUCCAUCGUGGUGGUUGCAUAUCUUACAAUUCGUAUGGAUAUAUGAUCGGUUUGAUACCUGGUGGUGUUUUAGCCACUUUUUAUCCGGCUCACAAUAUUUUAGGGAUUUGCGUCGCCAUAUCGUCGAUUGGUCAUGUAAUUGUUGUCAUGAGUAUAAGUUACUUAAACGGUCUCACGCUUUGUAUCUUACAAUUGUGUAUUGGAACGACAAUGGCAGUGGUGGAUGCCUCAAUUGACAGGGUUUGGACGUAUUGGGUCCCACUGAAUAAACAGUCAAUACGCCACGUUCCAAUGGUAUUUUAUUUGGUGAUAUUUGAAGAAGGAUAUCUCUAUGAUACUAUGGAUAAGUUCCACAAUGAACAUUCUUCUUAUAAUUUAACUCUAUUUAUUGGUGUGAUCGGAUUGGCCUGGUACGUUUUAUGGUUGUACGUGAUCAAUGGAAAUUUUUUAUUUCGGAGCCUGAACCGCGAUCUUAUAUUGUUUGGAGGUUUAAACAACUCGCGAUAUUCUUUUGGGACAUAUAGCGAAUCAUUAACCCGAUCAAUCGUAUCGGACAUUCCGUGGAAAUCGAUUUGGACUUCUAAGCCUUUCCUUGUAAUAGUCUUAUUACAUUUGUGUGAACCAUAUUAUAGUAAUAAUUUUUACAGCGAGGACAUUUUCGAAUGGAAUAUGAGAGAUAACACUGUCGUCUUAUUGUUACUCUUCGUCGUCCUGGUCGAAUUAGUUCCAGAAAUUGCCUUACCCAUUUCCACCACCAACGUCAGAAAGAUUUGGAGUUGCUCAUAUUUCGGUUCAUUGGGCAUUAUUUUUUUUCUGGAGGCCAUUUUUGGGAAUACUAUAAAAAACAAUAAAAUAACCCAAUAUUUGUUUAAAGAAAUGCGUCAUCUUUAUAGUUUCGGAUUCUACGUAAAUACUUUAGACAUCGCACCAAAAUAUGCUAGUUUAUUGGGAAGUUUCCUGAUAUGCGUACAUUAUUAUAUUUACGACUUUUUUUCGGCAAGUGUCAUAUAUCCAAUAUUGAGUUAUGCGAAACUUAACGAAGUCGAAACUGCUAUCAUGAUGAUGAUAAUAUAUUUUGCCGCGGCUGUGUUGUAUGCCAUUUUCGCUUCUGCGGAACUACAACCAUGGGCAGAUGAACCUGUUGAAGAAAUUCAACAAAAUAUUGUUGAAAAUGACAAUAAAUAAUAAUAAUUUACCAUGUACAAUGUAAUAAUUAUGCGUUAUAUUAAUUAAUAAAAUGAAUACUACAUUUUAAAUUAAAAUAUAAUCGGGCAAUGACGCGAAUUGUGAUUAAUAUUUUUGAAAUAUACUAGCUAUAUGUUUAACUUACCC